GGCCCAGUCAAAGCCAACUGUGUCGAACGGUGCGGGUGUGCAAACAGUAGUCCUAGGCGCUGCCGAAUAGUCGUAGGUCAUGUGCGUGCUGUGUGCGGUUCCACGCUAGAGGAGUAUCCUGACAAGGAAUCUUGCUGUUUGGUGUGUUGUGUGUUGGCUGGUUGGCUGAUUUAGGUGCAACCCAUUGCAGAGUCAUUUGACACAUAAAAGUGCUGGGUGGAAUCGUUCGUUCAUUCGUGUGCACCGUCUAGAGCGGGGGUGGUGGAAGGAGUUUAACAUAUAUUCCCACGGAAGCAAACGCAAAGAAACGGGAUAUUGAUGAAACAGUGAGAAAAUGAAGGUUUUUGGAUGCGGGUGUGCGAGCAACCGGAAGUGAAAUCAGCCAUCGAACGCCAGCCGUUGUGUGGAAACCACGGUUUAACGAAGGUGUGCGGGUGGUGAAGUGCGGCGGAAUCUGCUGAGAGAAUUGGAAUCGAUAGCUUAAAACCAUCAGGAAGAGGUAGAAUUUUCGCAUUGAUCGAAACUGUAAGGUGACGGACGGCAUUUUAGGGCGGAAUCAUUUUUUGUCGAGUGACUGCUGAAGUGUGUGUGUGAGUGAAUAUAUAUCGAGGCAAAUGGGACGUAAACUGCACUGGAAGGAGCGAUUAGUGGAGCAGCUGGAUGUUGGCAGCGGCUGAAUGCCGUGAACGUUGGUGCGACGAGUAAGAAGACCGUGGGAAAAUCGAGAGAACCAUGCCACGCAACGACACUUCCCAUCGUUAUUGUUAAGAGAUAAUCAAUAAAUGUUUACAUCUGUUAUUGUGCGGCAAAGCCGAAAAUUGACACAGUAAAGUAGAUAAUUUAACCAUGAAGCCCCAUAAAAGCAACUCUCGGGAUGGUUCCGAACUACUUCGGCUGUCACAGGUCCUCUACCCAUUGAUACUGCUGAGCGUGUACGUAGAUUUCGUUGGACAGGCCGAAGCCAGUGCUGCCAGUUCGCCGGACGGGUCAUCGCAGAUCGGAAUCAGCUUCACUCCGCGCCAGGAGCUGGCUAAGAAGGAGGGAGUUUCACUACAACAUUUUGGAAUCACCGCUCCACCGGCCUCCUCCAGCAGCAAUGAAAACGGCGCAGCAGGUCCCUCGGGUGGAAUUGCGGCUCCGUUCACCCUGCCGCAGCUUCCGGCCGGUCACAGUGUCGGCGGUGGUGGUGACAAUAAGCCGUAUUUCGAUGAUGUCAGUCCGCGUAACGUGACGACCGUGGUGGACGAUACGGCGAUCCUGAAAUGCCGCGUCAAACACAAAGGCAACCGUACGGUCUCCUGGAUGCGUAAAAGGGAUCUGCACAUUCUGACGUCCAGCACCCACACCUACACCGGGGAUCAGCGAUUCGCCGUUCAUCAUCCGCCGGAUGGCGACGAUUGGGAUUUGAAGAUUUCGUACGCCCAACCACGGGACAGCGGAAUCUAUGAGUGUCAGGUCAACACCGAACCGAAGAUUAACCUGGCCGUGUAUCUGCAUGUAACCGCAGCCGCCCGUGCAAAAAUCCUCGGCUCACAGGAGGCUCACGUACGGAAAGGCAGUACCAUCUCGCUGUCCUGUGUGGUCAAUUUCCACGCAUCGUCAAUAACCUGGUAUCACGGAACAUCCAUCGUCAACUUCGACUCGGCUCGCGGUGGAAUCAGCCUGGAGACGGAGAAAACCGAGGCGGGCACCAGCAGCCGACUGUUGCUGACUAAGGCCACCGUGAACGAUUCUGGCAAUUACACGUGCGUUCCAGCUGGUGCCAUCCCAGCCAGUGUACAGGUGUACGUGCUGCAUGGUGAGCAUCCGGCGGCGAUGCAAACCAGCGGACAGAUGGCAUUGCGGUUGGGAUCCGGUUUGGGGCCACUUUCGUUGUCGGUUGUCGGUGGAAUGAUUGCAAUACUUGCUGUCUAUGGGUAUGAGCUGACGCGGCUACGCGCCCCGAUGGAUAUGGCAACGGUUAGUGAGAGGCGAACGUUUGGCUUUAGUAGGUGAUCUUGUACAUAAUCAAAACCGUUUCCGUAGAUGAAUAAUGAUGAUGAUGAUGUAAAUUUUAAGAUGAAUAAAUUAAUGUUUUAAAAACCGA